AUGCCUAAGCCUAAGCCUAAGCCUAAGCCUAAGCCUAAGCCUAAGCCUAAGCCUAAGCCUAAGCCUAAGCCUAAGGCUAAGCCUAAGCCUAAGCCUAAGCCUAAGCCUAAGCCUAAGGCUAAGGCUAAGCCUAAGCCUAAGCCUAAGCCUAAGCCUAAGCCUAAGCCUAAGCCUAAGCCUAAGCCUAAGCCUAAAGGGGAAGCCUAA